AACAAACUUUUGUAACCGUACAUACCAUGUAAAUUCAGAAUUUAAAAAGUUAUUGCAAAUACUAUUUUGCAACACUUCUGGAACCAAAUGAAGUUAUUAUAAAUAUACCAACAGUUACACACAUAUUUUUGGUCAUCGAAUUGAUUUUAAAUCAUCAAAACUGUACUCCGAUUUUUUAGAUUGUUUGAAUUCUGUUCUGCUGCCCGAUGAGCUGUAUUUGGCAUUCAAUCGGUUUUUGGGAAACCAGAAGGAUCUGAACGAAGCAAGUUCAACCCGAAAUCCCUGCCAGAGGUUCUCUCAAGGAACGGAUCCCAUUAGCGACGACGACAGCUUCGAUCCCUGUCCUACCGUUAGUAGGUUCUCAAUGCCACGCAACCCUGUUGAACCAUUUCAAGAACCCCUAUACCAACAUACCCUCGAUGGCAGCAGACAGAAACAUUCGUCGGUGACACAGGAUGUGCUCCCGCCCUCUUAUAACAAGGACGAUGAAUAUCAAUGUUGCAACAUGCCGGAGUGCCCGAAUAAUAGCAUACCCCUUCAGAUUCCGAAAAAUUCUUUACCUCGCUUUCAACCUCUAGUCAACGUAUCUCAACAUUCCCGAUCCCAUAGCUUCCCCAGGCAAAAUUACAGAAAUAAUAAGACUAGUCAUCAUAAUUCCACCCACAACCACUCGGACAAAAGGAUCAAACCGCAAACACCGUGCGAGUUAAAAGUACCGAGCGGAAACCGUUGUCCCACCGAUCAGAGCAGUAAUCAUGAUACGGCUACUGGCUGCAGAAAUAACACCUCAAUCGAUUGGAAUAAUAGCUCUCAAGUUGGCAUGAACUAUGGCGAGUUUCAAAGACGCCAAUUGCUGUUGCAAAAAAUUCAACAGCAGCAAUAUCAGCAACAGCAAGCUAGACAGCAGAAUCAAGCGAAUUUAUCUUGGUUGGAAGAUGAAGAUCCCAUUGAAUUUGCACCUGAUCUCAAUAGCACGAGAAUAAAUCAAGAUGAUCGUCACCAGCAAUCCCGCCUGCAACCAAACUCAAUUUGUCAGAAAUGCAACUCUCGCCAGCAACAAAGUGCGUCACGAUCAAUUCUUGAGUGCGAUCAAACACCAGAAAUGGUGCGUAAUCAAACGAAGUACGAAACCAAAACUAAUGAAACAAGUUAUCUUCAGCCACCAGAGACUUUGCGAAACGCUAGAUGUAAACCACAGGCGAACCAGAGUCUCAGAAACCAGUCGCAAGAUAUUUGCCAAGAUGUCUCUAUGAAUCAGAUAUCCAAUUGUGAGCAAUCUAUGAGUAAGAAUACAAAAUAUUACUCGGAUCCCCCCGAAAGUCAAUAUAGUUGCUGUAGUCGUGGCUCUACUGCCUGUGACAGAAGUAUGAAAGAUAGUCAAAACUAUGCCUGUUGUGCAAACACGUCUGCCUCCGGAAAUCAAAGACUUUUGGAAAUGUCUCAAGUAAUGUCAGGGAGGUCGUGCUCGACUCCAACUUCGCUGGAGAAAACUAAGCGAAAUUCUUCCUUGCGAGGACGUUCAAUGCGAGUGCCCGUUCAAACACCUGAGGAUCGUUUGGUUGAGCGCAUUCAGAACGAAUAUCACGAAACCUUUGUAAAUGAUCCCUAUUGUCCUGGCGUUAUACAAGCCAGUCUCGAUGGAAGUGAGAAUUUCAACGAGUACUCCAGGGAGAUUGCUUUUGCAGGACCCAUUCCGGAGAAACCAUAUCCGGUGGAUCCUGUCACCAUGAUAGAAGCAAUCAAGUUGCGCAUCGACCACGAGCGCAAAGAGAUACGCAAAGAAAAGAAUCGAAGUGAGGAGGGAAAUAGAGAUUUGAGAAAUCAAUCAAAAGAGCGCAGGUCAAGGCGUCCACGGACAACAAUCAGUGAGGAAAUUGAUUCUCAUUUUAGUCCGAAAAUUAAGUCGGAAGUCAAUAGAAGUGUGGCUGCCUUUCUGAAAGCCGAGACCGAGUAUCGUACCAGUUUCGAAAGAGAUUCCGCCUUUGAUGCGCAUAUCAAUCGCUUUGAAACUAAUCUCUUUGAUGAAAGAAUUAAAGUCCAUUCCUAUUCAGCCACAACAACGCCCACUCAUCGGUAAAUUUAAACGGAUUUUCAAUCGGAAAAAUGCAUUUAUGCGUCUCACUGGACUUCAUUUUGCUCGGGACACAAUAUUUUUAAUGAAUGUAGUGCGUUUCGUAUCAACAGAGCCAAAAUAUGAGUGAUUUAUUAUUUUUUGCAACUGAACCAUUCUUAAUACCAACAGAAGUCACUACAAUAAAGUUUCAAAAAAGUCCCCU